AUGGACAAAGACGCCGCUAAACAAAAAUUCAUCGGCGAGUUCGACUCGUUGGUUGAGGAACUUAAAGAGAUCUUGGUCAACUACAACAUGCCCCAGGAGGCUGUUGAGUGGUUCACCAAGAACUUGUACUACAACACUCCAGGUGGUAAGUUGAACAGAGGUCUUUCUGUCAUUGACACUUACUGUAUCUUGAAGAAUGUCAAGAUUGACGACUUGUCUGCUGAGGAGUACAAGAAGGUCGCCAUCUUGGGUUGGGCUAUUGAGUUGUUGCAGGCUUACUUCUUGGUUGCCGACGACAUGAUGGACCAGUCUAAGACCAGAAGAGGCCAGCCAUGUUGGUACUUGAACCCUGGUGUUGGUAACAUUGCUAUCAAUGACUCUUUCAUGUUGGAGGGUGCCAUUUACAUGUUGUUGAAGAAGCAUUUCCGCCAGGAGGCUUACUACGUUGAUCUCUUGGACUUGUUCCACGAGGUUACUUUCCAGACUGAGUUGGGCCAGUUGUUGGACUUGGUUACCGCUGAUGAGGAGCACGUUGACUUGAGCAAGUUCUCGUUGGAGAAGCACUCUUUCAUUGUGAUCUUCAAGACCGCAUACUACUCCUUCUACUUGCCAGUGGCCUUGGCUUUGUUCAUGUGUGGAGUCACCUCUGAGAAGGACUUGCAGCAGGCAAAGGAUAUCUUGAUUCCCUUGGGCGAGUACUUCCAGAUCCAGGAUGACUACUUGGACUGUUUUGGUACCCCAGAGCAGAUUGGUAAGAUCGGUACUGAUAUCAAGGACAACAAGUGUUCUUGGGUCGUGAACCAGGCCUUGUUGAAGGCUAACGCUGACCAGCGUAAGCUUUUGGAUGAGAACUACGGUAAGAAGGAUGACGAGAGUGAGGCUAGAGUCAAGAAGUUGUUCAACGAGCUUGAAAUUUCUAAGCUUUACCACGAGUACGAGGAAGACGUUGUCGGUCGCUUGAGAAAGCAGAUUGACAAUCUCGAUGAGAGCAGAGGCUUGAAGAAGGAUGUCUUGACCGCUUUCUUGGGUAAGGUGUACAAGAGAUCCAAAUAA